GCUGGAUCAGUCGGUUCAUUGUCAGUAAACAAGAGUCUAAUGACCCAGUAGUUGACAGGGGAAAUAAGAGGGCAAGAGGCGCGUUUUGUCUCAUAGCUGAAACAAAGCAAGUCUAUUAAUACACCGUACUUCACUGCUUCUGGCCUUAAGAAGAUGAAACAGUGACAAGUGUUUAGAAUGGUGCAGAUCUCUAGUAAGCUGUCUCAGACUGCCAAGGGUGAUGGGGAGGCAGCGGCAGCAGCAGCAACCCUCCUUGCGAGUAAAGGAGCCACUUACCAGGAGAAGAAAAAGAGACACCUGCAGUGUGUGGUGACUGGCCUAAUGAUACUCUUUGGACUCUGGCUGACAACUACCAUCAUCAUCAUUCUCAUUAUUGCUCCAUAUUGUCGGGAAAGAAACUUGUUGGGGCGACACUCCCUUCCACCUCCAAGCCUCAACCAGAAUGUGCCCACCUACUCAGAGACAGAUACCCACAGACUCCAUGCAUACAGGGACUGGGUGAAGAACAUGGGCAAGAAGGAGAUAGAAUGUGGCAUUGACUGCCUUUUCUACUCACUUGAUGCCCCAGUUGAGAAGCAGACCCAGGCACCAGUGAAGCCCUCCUUCACCUCUACCAAGCUGCCUUCAGGUCAGUGUGAGGAUGUGCCACUCAGCGAGCGCUUUGACUGCCUGCCCAGUGCAUUGCCAAACCAGGAGGAUUGUGUGGCAAGAGGCUGUUGCUGGAAGGAGGUAUUGGAAGUACCAAAGCGUGAGAAACCUUUCCCAGCACCAAGAAUCCACCAGCCUACUCAUGGCUUCUCCCAAGAUGUGCCCUUGAAUAUUCCUUUCUGUUACUAUCCCAAGGAUUACCAUGGCUACCACUUCACCAACCUCACGCCAUCAGAUAUGGGCUACCAAGGGUAUAUGUCCAGAAAUUCCCCAAGUGGAUAUUCUGGUGAUGUGGGUACAUUGUAUUUUGAAGUGAGGAUGGAGACUGAUUCCCGGAUUAGGAUUAAGAUCACCGACUCAUCUCAGGCUCGCUGGGAAACGCCUCUGCCUAUAGUCCCAGUUGUAAACAAGAGUUCUGCUACCCAGACCUUGUAUAAAUUUAAAGCCCGGCUGAAUGAUGGGACCUUUACUGUGUCAAGGGAUUCCACUGAUCAACCACUGUUCAGCACAGAGGCAGCAGCACCCCUCACAUACUCAGAUCAGUUCCUCCAGUUGUCCACCAUCCUUCCCUCACACUUCAUCUAUGGUCUUGGAGAGCACCUGGAUGGCUUGCUCCUUGACACAUUUUGGACUCGCCGUGUGCUCUGGAAUCUCGACCAGAUACCAGAGCCUGGGAAAAAUUUGUAUGGUAGCCACCCAUUCUAUCUCGCCAUGGAGCCGUCAGGGGAAGCUCACGGUGUCUUCCUUCUCAACUCCAAUGCUAUGGACAUAGUGCUGCAGCCUCUUCCAGCUCUUACAUACAGGGUGAUAGGUGGUGUACUGGACUUGUAUGUGUUCCUGGGACCAACACCUAGUGAUGUGGUGAGGCAGUACACUGAGGUGGUGGGCAGGCCAUUUCUACCACCCUACUGGUCCCUGGGAUAUCAUCAGUGCAGGUUUGGCUAUGGCUCCACCAACAGAACUAGGGAGGUCUGGCAGCGGACACGUGAUGCUGGGAUACCCUUUGAUACACAGUGGAAUGACAUUGACUACAUGAAGGACCACAAUGACUUUACUAUCAGUUCAGACACAUACAAGAACCUGCCACAACUAGUGCAAGAUAUACAUAAGGCUGGCAUGCACUACGUUCCAAUAUUUGACCCUGGUGUGAGUGCCUCUGAGACUCCAGGCACUUACCCUCCUUGGGACGAAGGCUUGCACUUAGGAGUGUUUGUUCGCAACCACACCAACCAGCCCUUCAUUGGCAAGGUGUGGAAUCCUGUCUCCACUGCCUGGCCGGACUUCACCCAUCCACUGGGCACUUAUUACUGGAGCAGGCAGAUGGAGCGCUUCCACAACACUCUACCCUAUGAUGGAGCAUGGAUUGACAUGAAUGAACCUUCAAACUUCUGGUCUGGUAGUUCCAAAGGCUGCCUCCACAACAACUUAGAACACCCUCCUUUCCUGCCAGCUGUUGAGGGAGGAUCUCUGUACUACCACACAUUGUGCAUGUCUGCACAACAUCAUGUGGGUAACCACUACAAUGUCCAUAACCUCUUUGGUCUCACUGAGGCAAUUUCCACCAACAUAGCUCUUCAACUUGUGAGGGCCAAGCGGCCAUUUGUCAUCUCCCGCUCCACUUUCCCUGGGCAAGGAGUGUAUGGGGGCCACUGGACAGGCGACGUGUGGUCUGACUGGUUCAACAUGUGGCAGUCCAUUGCAGGGAUUCUAAACUUCAACAUGUUUGGAGUGCCAAUGGUGGGGGCAGACAUCUGUGGGUUCAAUGGCAACACCACCACCAACUUGUGCAUGCGAUGGAUGCAGCUUGGCGCAUUCUAUCCAUUCUCUCGCAACCAUAACACAGAUGAUGCUGUGGACCAAGACCCAGUGGCGCUGGGGGACCGUGUGGUGAGGGGGUCCCGCAAGGCACUUAUGCAGAGGUACACACUGCUGCCCUACCUGUACACACUCUUCUUCAACACUCAUGUCACCGGGGAGCCAGUUGCCCAGCCUUUGUUCUUCCAAUUUCCUGAGGAUGAGAAGACGUAUUCUGUGGAUACUCAGUUCCUCUGGGGCUCUGCACUAAUGAUUGUCCCUGCAUUAAGAGAGCACAUCACAAAAGUUGAGGCUUACUUACCACAAGGCAUGUGGUAUGAUUGGUAUGGAGGUGGCAUGGUGAAGAAUGAAGGAGAGGGAUCAUACAUCACACUCCCAGCUCCAUAUGACACCAUCCCACUUCUAAUACUUGGAGGAAAUAUCUUACCUACCCAUGUCCCAGGCAACACUACACUGCAGAGUCGCAAACUGGGUCAUGGUUUGGUCAUUGCUCCAGACAAGAGAGGUGAAGCAAGAGGUCAACUGUAUUGGGAUGAUGGAGAUUCUUUGGAUCCUGUGUCAAGCCAGACAUUCAGCCACAUGUUGUUUGAGAGUGAGUCGGGCAUCCUGAGAGUGACAUGCUCCACCAGAGGCUACACUGGCCCUCUCAAUCUACGUUACAUUAUGAUUCUAAAUGUUCCUCAAAAUGCAACUCAAGUUGUGGUUGCUGACAAGACAGCUCUGAAUUACGAUUAUGACACAAACAACAAGGUUCUCAAGAUUAAAGAACUGGAUCAACCCCUCAUGCAAAACUUCACUGUCACAUGGAAAUUUUGAAGCAAAAGAAACAUACAAUAGGCAAAAUGCAGAAGAAAAAAUGGAGAGAGAGAGAGAGAGAGAGAGAGAGCAUAGAUUGUAAAAUUUCUUUAUCUGACUAUUUCUAAGCUUUAUUAAGCUUAAUGUUCUUUUAUCUUCCAUGACUAUAUUAUUAACACACACUAUAUUCUUAAAUAUUAUUAAUAUUAUUUCUUCAAUUAUCAAGGAUAUUUCCAUAUGUUUCUAAGAAUUUGCAUGGUAAGAGAAGUAGUUAUUUGAUUAUCCAUGCCAAAAGAAGGCAAUAUGAGCUGCACAAUUGCCUGAGGGAUUGGGAGCAAGUUGUGAGAUUGAAGAGGUCUGAGGAUAUAAAUGAAUUGUGGACAUCCUUUAGGGAAUGUUGUAAGAAACAGGUACAUAUAGGUUAUAUAUAAAUCUUAUACAUACACAAAUGUGUGAAAAGUUUGUUAUGCCUUUUAGAGUAUAGAUAAUUUCAUUUUGUACAUAUAUUCGUGUGAUUAGUAAGUUGUUUGUCUCUGUUGAUGAAACCAAAGCCUCUUCACCAAGCGUUCCUCCACUCCUUCAGCAGUACUGUAGUUUAUUGGUUAAAGUUAAAUGUUAACUGGUAUUAAGAGAAUUGAAUUAAGAAAUUAUUCCUCGUUAUGUACUUGCUAGAAUUAGCAAACCAGAAUAGCUACAACAACACUGCUGACGUCAUCUCUAUUUUCUUUCAAUACUUUUUUCCUUUUUUUCUUUAAUAGGUGCAGUGCAACUCCUAAUCAUUUGAACAUUUAUUAAUAACUGACAGUUACAAGUUGGAGGUAUAUACAUAUACACAUAGUGUGGUUGUAGUUAGCCUUUUUAAAAAUGCAAUUCAUCAGUUUAUUUGAAUGAUCUUUGCAUGCAUAUUUGCUGUUUUGGCUUUUCCACAACUACUUAAGGUCUCUUGUUAUUGUAUAUGUAGUGCCAACUGAAUGGGAAGUGAAUUGUCUAGCAGCAACAAAGUUAUGCAUGCACACAAGUCAGAAGUUGUUCCUCGUCAUAUAAUACCAAUAUGUAAAUAUAGUUGAAGCACAGUGUCAAAUGCUCUGUUGUAAUUUUAGUGAAGGGAGAUCCUCUUAUACAAACAUUUGAUGUACAAAAAGACAUGCAAAAUUAGUAAAUUAUGGACUGUUUACACAAAUGCAAAAAUUUAAUGAUAUGAGCUUUGGUCUAAAGUGAGUAACAUUACAAAACUUAAAAUGCAUGCCUUUCUGUACCCUUCCACUAAUACAUGACUCAGAUGUGCAGAGACAAGUUUCCAAGGAUUGGAAGAGACGUACACACUUCCCCACUGUCUCCUGUGCCCUGUGUCCUGUCCCUACUUACCAUACAAUCUACUACUGCCAUUAACACUGUAUUGGUGAGUGUUAAGCAUAUCUUGCAUUAAUAAGAAGUCAUGUUCUAGUACACAGUUUUUUUUUUUUUUUUUUUUUUUUUUUAUACACCAUGUGGGCUUUACACGGGAAUUUAUAGGUUAAAGGGGAGACUUAUUAAGGGUACCUCCUAUUUCAAAGCCCACCCACUAGGAAACCGUUGCCCCGAGUGAGGAAGCCCAACCUACACUCAGACCGUAGACAGGAUUCGAACCCGUGCGCUUGGAGACCCCUCGGACCCCAAAGCAUGCACGGAUCCACUGUACCACGGCGGCCCCUUGUUCAGAUUUCAAUUUGUUCUGUAAUACAGUUUUUUGUUUGUGUUAUGUAUUUUAGCUUUGUAUGUUUGAGUUUGAACAUUUAUCUUUGACAAAGGUGUUUCAUUACAAAAGAAUUCACUAUAUGAGCAAUUCAAAUAGAAAUUUAUUACAUGUAUCAACGUGACCUCCCUCUUAUUAUAACCCAUUCACUGUAACUAAAACUGUCAAAAUGUUGAGGGAAGAAUUGUCUUGGUGAAUGCAUCAACUUGAGGGGCAAGUCAAAGGCAGCAUUAGGUUACACUGCUCACACUACUUUCAUGACAAAUUACUACCUGUACUGGUGAGUGUCAGUAAUACCUCAGGUAGUGCCAAGCUGUCAGGCACUGCAUCUUGUUUAUUACAAAGCUACUGGUUGUGAACUGAGUUGCAUUAGUUUUACUUGUUGAUCAGUGGUGAAGCCAACUCAUUAAAACAGAGCAUGGUUUUACUAUUGUUGGUCACAGCUUAUAAAUAUACUCACAUUUUCAGCUUAAAAAUUUAUAUUUACAUUUUGGUUCUGUUUUGUCUGAGAAUUCUAUCAUUGUUUUCUCUGUAGAAUUUAUAUUCACAAACAUUGAAUUUGUCAUGCAUGAUACGCUCAAGAACCCCACUGCUGUGUUAUGUGAGAAACAACUGUUUACACUAUAGCAUUACACAAAUACAGUACUGUAAGAAGUCUACUUAGAUACUAAUUCAUGCAUUUUAUUAUAUCCCGAGGACAUUGUUUAUAUUUGUUGGAAUCUAUCUUGUGCAGUUUGUUGAAAAAAUUGUCAAAUUUGUUAAUUUCUAUCCACGAAUGAUUGUUAAAGACUGUAACUCAUUUGUAAAUUGUACUUCAAUUGUAUUAUAUUCUUAUAAAAUGUGAUUAUUGUAACCAUAUCAAUACCGUAGUUGCUUGCAUAGAUGCUGUGAUACUAUGGCAUUCUGCCAGUCUGUGAAGUGCUCCAUGUCGGUGGACAAAAAAAAGUCACAUUUCUGCGUGGCAGCCACGUGUAGGAGACUCUUGUACACCCAAUAAAUUGUUGCUAAAGAGAAACACC